AUUUGCCACAGUCUGUAACUUAAGGAGCAGCAAUUUUUGAUGGAUAAGGACAGGGAUGUUUUAGCAGAGAGCUGGAGGGACUUUCACAGUCACACAUGAAGAGCAGCAGAGGAACAUCCUACUUCCAUCUUCAGAGUUCUUUACAAGUUUCCAGUUUCUGUCCACUGUGGACACAGUCACUCUGGUGCUUGCCGGGAACUCUUUCCCUUGAUGCUCUGACAGCUUUAAUUUUUAUUUUUCCUUCCUAGAAGAUAUUCCUUGAUCCAAUUAUGAAAAAAUGUUCAGAAAAGGAAAAAAACGGCACAGCAGCAGCAGCUCCCAGAGCAGCGAGAUCAGCACUAAGAGCAAGUCUGUAGAUUCCAGUCUUGGGGGACUUUCCAGGUCUAGUACUGUGGCUAGUCUAGAUACAGACUCCACAAAAAGUUCAGGACAAAGCAAUAGUAAUUCUGAUACAUGUGCAGAAUUCAGAGUUAAAUAUGUUGGUGCCAUUGAAAAACUGAAAUAUAAUGAGAGCAAAAGUCUUGAGGGGCCACUGGACUUGAUAAAUUACAUAGAUGUUGCACAGGCUUUUGUUUGUUUCCCUCCAAAGCAAGAUGGAAAGUUACCUUUUGUUCCAGGUGAAGAGGAGUUUAUUAUGGGAGUUUCCAAAUACGGCAUUAAAGUUUCAACAUCUGAUCAAUAUGAUGUGUUACAUAGGCAUGCUCUCUAUUUAAUUGUACGGAUGGUGUGCUACGAUGAUGGUCUGGGAGCAGGAAAAAGUUUACUGGCUUUGAAGACAACAGAUGCAGCCUCUGAAGAAUGCAGCCUCUGGGUAUAUCAGUGCAAUAGUUUGGAACAAGCACAAGCUAUUUGCAAAGUGUUAUCUACAGCCUUUGAUUCAGUUUUAAUGUCAGAGAAGUCCUGAUGUUCUUCAGCAGCACAUGAUGGUGUAGCACAAGAGGCCUUUGUGUGGGGAGGAAAUGGGGCUCCUUCGUGACACCACAGACUGGCUGCAGCUACACAGUCCCAGAAAAGACUCCCUGUGCGAACAAGAGCCAUGCAAACUUGCACACGGUACUCUUGUCAUUCCUCAAACAUAACUUGAAGAAAUCAUUCCACCUUCAGUUGCCAGGACAAGACAGGAUUUUGUAUUUAACAUGGUAUUGUCCCCUUAAUAAUAUUUUGUAUAUUAAUGUCGAUAUUGUAGAAAUGUAAAAUAAAACUGACACUUGUA